UGCACCCCGUGAAAGCUCUAUCCCUCUCUUUCUUUGUUUUCCGUGGAAACCAACCUAUCUUCCUUUGUUAUUUUCAUUCUGAUAAAACAAACAUAUUUUCUUCCACCUUUUUCCAUCUUUGCAAAGGGGAUAAAGGGUUGCUAGUUGCUACCAUUUAUGGUUUUAUUCCGCCAUUUGGAGGAACCUUAUGCUCUUAAAACAAAUAAAACCCAAAGGGUUCUCUUGAAAAACACCAGAACUUUCAUCUAAUCAAAACACGUGUUGGCCAAAAACAUCACCUUCUCUUUAUUAUCGCAUGCAAGAGCUUUUUUAGAUGCUCCUUUGUGUUCAAGAUUGAGAGAAAACAUAACCUGGAAACCUAUGUCGUCUGUGCCGGCACGAACAGGGCGACAAAGACAGCGUUAUGAGGACAAUUUGCGCCUUGUCUCUGGAUGUAUUCCCUAUAGAUGGACAAAGGACAACACAGAUCAAAUGGGGGAAACCCGGGAGAUAAUAGAAGUACUUAUGGUUUCUUCACCAAAACGUGAUGACCUUGUAUUCCCAAAGGGUGGAUGGGAGGAUGAUGAGACUGUUACAGAAGCUGCUUGCCGCGAGGCUUUAGAGGAAGCAGGAGUUAAAGGAAUACUAAGAGAAAUUCCACUAGGAAUAUGGGAGUUCAGAAGCAAAACCAGUCAAGACUUAUGUAGCGUGGAAGGAGGCUGCAGAGGAUACAUGUUUGCCUUGGAGGUGACUGAAGAACUUGAGACAUGGCCAGAGCAGAAAAACCACGCUCGCCAAUGGUUAAACAUAAAAGAUGCAUUCAAACUCAGCCGAUAUGACUGGAUGUGUAAUGCACUUGAGGCAUUUUUGAGAGUAAUGGCAGAAGACAGAAAGCCUGAGAACCAAGACCAGAAUGUGGAACUUGAACCCCCUUCAAUUGUAGAAGAUAUGCCAGAAUGCCAAAGUAUGUCACCUAACUGCUAUAAGAGAUCCUCUACUAUGCAGCACCAUGGUAUGCCUCCUAAAGCCAAUCUUCUGUCACGUGCUACUCGAGAAAUAGCCAUCCACUUUGGUUAUUGACAUUAUCAGGAGGACACUUUUGAAAUAUGCUUAUGUAAUGGAUCAACAUUGUGCAAUAACUCCUUAAAAUUGUGAAAGAAAAAACUAUGAAGUUAUUAUGGCUUGGAUGCACAAUCCAUCAACUUCAUUGUUGUAGGCUCUUUCUUUCUUUCUUUCCAAUGUGACCAUGAUGUAAAAUGUGGUGGUGAAAGUCUCAAGUGUAUAUGAUCUUAACAGUUGUUUGCUUCACCCCAAUGAAACUGAAGGCUUGUAAAAUAGCAUCAUUUGUGAAAACCGGUAGUGUCACAAAAGGGCAAAAGAUUAUGCUGCUUUUGACAACCUACAAUUCAUAA